CUCCCUUCAUGUAAUUGGAUCUGUAGUGUGUAAAGAUUUGAAUACAUAUUGGAGUUGCUGGAUAUCAUCUACUGUCUAAAAUCACUGGAUGACAUCCCACAAGAAUGGCUAGUUCCUAUGAAGAAACAUACCGUCUGGAAAAGCCGCAGAUCCGGAUGUUCCUUGAGUCUGACAAGGGGAAAUGUGUGGUGAAGUCUCUGCAGGAUCAGGAAGGAUGCAUCAUAGAAGUGAAACUGUCAGAACCUGAUAUUUCAACACCACUCAACUUGUCCUUUCUCAAGCAACAGAUACCAGAGGUCGCAGAUGACGUCAUCGUUAGUUCCAUUGGACCAAAUGUAGAUAUGCUGACUGGACUACUUUCCAGAUGUAUUUUUAAGGCUGCAGGGAAAGAGAUAGGAGAAGAGUGUAGGAAUAAAUGCCCAGCAGGAUUAGGUGUUGCUGAGAUAGUUGAGACAUCUGGCGGAAGGCUGAAGUGUAAAGCAAUAUAUCACUGUUGCCUGCCCCGUUGGAAGAGCAAGAUGUUUAGAUCAGACGAGGUGUUACGACAAGUAGUCACUGAGUGCAUCAGCAAAGCUUCGAAUCAGGGAUACAAAUCCAUUGCCUUUCCUGCUCUCGGAUCUGGCAAUCUUGGCUAUCCAAAGUACGUUACAGCAGCGGCCAUUAUUGACACUGUGCGGGAGUUGGACAAUGUUCCUCUUUCCCUUGUGGACGUGCACGUCGUCGGUCUUCCAGAAGACCUUGACUUUAAAGAGGCUUACACACGACACCUACACAAAGUCGAGGCUUCUGAAGAUAAUAGCUCAGAAAUCAUUACGAUUGGCGAAAUGAGCCUCGACCUUCUCGAAGGAGAGAUAACUGACUAUUGUUCAGAUGUCAUCGUUCACCCCACAACAAAACAACUGUCAUUUGAUUCAGGUGACGUUUCAUCAAGUUUGAGACUAAAAUGUGGCACCAGUUUUGUUGAAGAAUGUCAGCAUGAAGAAAGUGCCAUGAAGGAGAAUGGCGUUGUCCUCACCGGGGCUCCAGGCUUACAGUGCGAAAAGAUCCUACACACUGCACCUAAACAUUUUGGAAGUUGGAAGAAAACUGUAAAGGAAUGCGUCAAAUACGUGGAUGCGAUGGUUGAAUACACGACCAUUGCUUUCCCUGCUGUACCACCUGAUAUGCAGCGGCGUUCCCUUGAAGAAGGACUCAAGAAGGCAGCCUGGGAAAUGGUGGGAGCAGUUAUGACCUUAAAAACAACUGCUGUGGAAAGGAUCCGAGUCUUCUGCCCCGACCAGUCCAAGUUAGCCACGUACAAGGACGCAGUGUUCAGGGCUAUACCAGACCUCUCCACCGAGGCAGGAAGGCUGAAGUCUCGUAUGAGGGCACUUAUAAGGAACACCUCAAAAACAGAGAUGCCAGCGGAUGGUAUGCUUGAAACACCUGGCUGUAGUGUAAUGACAAAGACGGAAGAUCUUGUGGCGUUCGCGGAGAAAGAGAGCGUAGUGGUCAACAUAGUACACGGUAGUGGAGAGGUACAUCUGAAGGGACCAUGCCACCGCCUCACCAAAGUGUGUCAUCAUUUGGAUGAGACGCUACAAACAGUUGCUGACUUUGGUUUUGUGGCUUAUCCCAUUUGCUGGGAAAGCGUCGAGUCUGACCAGAGGGUUUUCAACGUUGCUGAAGGAAGCAUAGAAUACAUGAGGGUGAAGAACAGUUUCAUGACGGCAUUGGGUGGAAAGGGAAAACGUGUCACCAUCUCUAAGAUUGAGAGGAUUCAGAUUCCGCACCUGUACAGACAGUACCAGAUCGAGAUGCAGACUGUCCAGAAGGAGCAUCCCUCCAAAGACAAUGAACGCAUCAUGUGGCAUGGAACUGACGUAGAAGCUGUUCCCAACAUCAACAAAUAUGGAUUUAAUAGGUCUUACAGCGGAAAGAACGCUACCCUGUUCGGACAAGGUGUGUACUUCGCCGUGGUUGCAAGCAUCUCUUCUAUGGACAAGUACUCUCCACAAGACACCUCUGGAAACAAAUAUGUCUACAGGGCUCGGGUCCUGACUGGCAGAUACACCAAGGGGGAUGCUACUAUGAGGGAUGCUCCCCGCGUUUACCGUACUGGCUCUGUCAGGUAUACCUCAACCACAAAUGACACUUCACGACCAUCGCUGUUCUGCAUCUAUCGGGACACACAUUCCUACCCAGAGUACCUGAUCUCUUUCCAGCUGUCAAUGCCUCAAACAUCAUAGAUCAGAACUCGGGACAGCGUCAGAAGGGAAUGUUUCCUGGGACACCUGUCAAUCAUAGACUUGAGGACCUGCUUGUGUCACUUUAAAAUAUAUUUUACGUUAAUAUCACCUACUUAUACAUGAUCAUAACUGCUGAACAAUAUUGAACAACGCUUGUGUGAACAGGGGGUUUAUGGGUUAUUGUGUUGGACAUUCAGCCAUUUCAAACAUUGUUUGCAAUUGUCUAUUACAACGCAUUACGUAUUUUAGGCAUUACCACUGUGUUGUUAGUUGUUAAGUUGCAUUUUAACGAAAGCCUUAUAUCGACAACAUGAUAGAAGGGAAACUUGUGAUCCGAUAUUGCAUUAGAACGAAUAUUUUGGUUUUUUCUAAAUGUCAUUGUCUGACACUACGGUUUUGGUAGAUGUAUUUUUGACAUUCGCUUUAUGCUAUUAGUUGUCUAGUUCCAUUUCUAUAAUUUUAUAAAAGGUGAUGGUAUUUGUCAAAUCGAGGACAGGACGACAUUGAAGCAGUCUAUAUGCGCGGAAUACUGCCUGGCCUGCACUUUGCGUACGGCAGCUGACCUCUGCCAAUAUUAUCAUUUUCUAAUCUAAAUGUGCCACAAUACCCCUUCUUAUCUUUGUCAUGAAUAUAUAUAUUGUUUAGUUACUUGGUGCUUUCUGUCCUGUCCUGUUUGCAACUAUGAUCGGUGUCAUAAGAGUAACAGAAUACAAAGUAAAUGUGUUUUGGUGAACAAUAGUUUGCAACACGCCA